AUGCCUACCGAGGGUAGCCGGGAUGCCCAGCGCAGUACCCCCCAGGAGGGUACCUCCCAGAGGGGACCGUCGGCGGAGGUCAAUCUCCAAGCCGAGGUGGAACUCCUCCGCGCCAGUGUCGUCAAGAUGUCCGAGAGGUGUGACCAUCUUCACUCCAAGAAUGUUGAGCUGGAGCACGACUACCGCACCCUGAAGCGUAACUGGGAAAGGAACCAAGCCCAGGGCUCCCAACGCAGCCUUACCCCGGAACCUGAACGCACACAGCCACACCAGCCGGGGCAUUCCCACCAUAGUCCCCCAAUCCAGCCUAGGCCCAGCAAGGGUAAGGAACCCCUCCAUCCGGAGGCGACCAAGUCACGGCUUCUCCGUAUCUCCCCACCGAGGAACCGGCCUCAUGAACCAACGAAGGUCUACAGGGAUUGCAGGGAUCGUAUCCUGGACCGUCAGACGGGACCCCUUCUUAUCCCCGUUAAUCUCCAAGACCCAAAGGUGACACACCUAGGCCCCCCACCAAAACCAACCCGUGUGCCUACAGGAGAGGGUAUGGGGGACUCGGAUGACUGGGGGCAUGAUUACUCAGAAGAGCACGAGUCUUAUCACACCGAGGAGUUCGAUGGACCUGACCCUUAUCUAGCUCCUGGCCACACACACACCAGACCUCCAGCACUCGAGACACUCCCUCAUGCCGACCCGGCAAUGAGACUUCUCUUCGAGAAGGUCCGGCGCCUGGAGAAUGAGCAGCAGCGCAACCACCAACCCCUCUGGGCGAAGCCGCGACCUGGGCCCUUUACCGAACGCAUCCUUAAUUACCACCAAGAGAAGGAAAUCCAGCCCCUCCGUAUCGCCUUCUACACUGGCACUGAGGAUCCCCUCACCCAUAUACAUUCUUUCCAGUCUGCCAUGGGAUGCAAAGGCUUGACGGACGAAGGCAUGUGCCUCCUCUUCCCAUCUACCCUCAGCGGGGCGGCCCUGAAUUGGUUCUACAGGCUGAGCCCCCGCACCAUCAAUACGUUUGACAGUCUGAAGCAGGCCUUCCUGGACCAUUUCAUGAUCCAGACUGAUCGUCUCUACUCUGCGGACGACCUGUACAUGCUUAGGCAGGGUGAGGAUGAGCCCCUUCGGGAGUAUGCAGCCAGGUUCAGUCAUGAGUACUCCCGCUGCCCAGAGACUGAUGAUCGUGCCGCCUUCGGUGCUUUCAAGAGUGGCCUCCGAGAGUCUAACUUUCGGUACCUUGUGCACAGCAACCCUUGGAACACGUAUGCUGAACUAAUGAAGCAGGCAGCGGUGCACGCCAAGGCUGAGUAUUUCAACACCAAGCGUGGCCCGGCCACCCCGGCGCAUCAUCCUUUCGCUGAUCCCCAACCCGCUUCAGCACCCACCUCAGCCCCACCUCAGCAUUCUACUCCCGCCCCGAGUGGCCAGGGUAUCCAGCAACCCAAACGGAAGGAUAACUACCAGCAUACCUUCAAUAAUAACAAACGGGGCAGGCACCACCACCACCAGUCCGGCGGGGCCAACCCGCAAAGGGCAGGUGAUCGGGCUCCACUUCCCUUCUCACCCAAGCCCAGGUUCGAGGUCUUCACCACCCUGAACACCACCUACGAAAAUGUCCUGGUGCACGAGGCACCUAUCAUACCCAAGCCUCCCCCCCGGAGACCAGGCAGCAAGCCCAUGCCCAACACAGGUGUCUUCUGUCGUUUCCAUCAGUUCGGUGGGCAUGACACCGAAUCUUGUGUUGCCUUGCGCAACAUCAUCGAAGGACUUAUUCGCGAUGGGAAACUGGAUAAAUAUGUGAACAAUCUCCCACCCCCACCUAACCCUCACCAACGUCAGAUCAACAUGAUCUCAACUAUUAGUGGUGGUCCCACUCUGGCUGGAACCUCCAACAACUCCAUCAAACAUUAUGUCCGCUCCACCUAUGCGCACCAGGUCUUCAGCGCUGAGCAGGGACGCUUGCCGAAGACCCACAAAUCAGGCUGGGCUCCCAUUACCUUCUGUGAGGAGGAGGAGCGUGGUGUCAUCCUCCCCCACGAUGACCCCAUCAUUAUCCGCGCCGACAUUUCUAACUUUGAUGUGGGGCGUAUCCUGGUGGACACUGGCAGUUCGGUCAGUGUGAUGUUUGCUGAGGCCUUCAACGAGCUCCAGGUCCCAUCUCACCUGCUCGACCGAAGCAUCACACCCCUGGUGAGCUUCUCUGGUGAGGUGGUCCAGCCCAUUGGGAGCAUUCAUCUCCCAAUCUCCAUUGGAUCGGCACCCCAGCGGAGGACAAUCACCACUCCCUUCCUCAUUAUCGACUGCCCUACAGCCUACAAUGUCAUCCUCGGCCGCCCCGCCAUGGCCCAAAUGAAGGUCUUCAUCUCCACCCAUAUGCUGCUGCUCAAGUUUCCUACACCUCAUGGCACAGGCACGGUGCGUGGAGACCAACUUGGCGCCCGAAGCUGCUACGCUUCGGCAGUAAGGUCCACCAACCGCCAACAUCGGGGCGAGGCCCUCGCACUAACCCAGGUUCCAACACCGGUUCAAGCUGGCACCGAGCGUCCAGAGGACCCUAGGGAGGAAUCUGUUACCCCACAGGCCGAACCUGUGGAAGAUCUUGAGCUGGUUACUCUUGAUGAAAACAUCCCGGACCGGCAGGUCAGGAUCGGCACCUCUCUCUCCCAGGAGCUUCGUUCUGAUCUUGUCGCCUUCCUUCGCCUCAAUUCUGAGGUCUUCGCCUGGUCGUACAAUGACAUGCCUGGCAUAUCACCUGAGAUCAUCUCCCACCGGCUCAGCAUUAAUCCUGCCGUUCGACCCGUUCGGCAGAAGCGCCGUGCUUAUGACCCAGAGCGAUACGAGGCCAUGAGGGCAGAGGUGGACAAGCUAACUAGCAUUGGAUUUAUCAAAGAGGUGGACUAUCCCACCUGGCUGGCCAACGUGGUCAUGGUCCGAAAGGGCACGAAGGGCUGGCGCAUGUGUGUAGACUACACCAACCUCAAUCGGGCCUGCCCGAAGGAUAGCUUCCCCCUACCCCGCAUCGACCAGUUGGUCGAUGCCACAGCUGGCCACGCCCUCCUCAGCUUCAUGGAUGCUUACUCGGGGUACAACCAGAUUUUCAUGCAUCCUGGGGACCAACCCCAUACCUCCUUCAUCACGGAUCGUGGCCUUUACUGCUACAAGGUCAUGCCCUUCGGCCUCAAGAACGCCGGGGCCACAUAUCAGCGUCUGGUGAACGGCAUCUUCGCUCCCUUGAUUGGCAACACCAUGGAGGUUUAUGUCGACGACAUGCUCGUCAAGAGUCGCACCACUGACCAGCACAUCCCCAACCUCUCAGCCAUGUUCACCAUUCUGAAGCAGUAUAAGAUGAGGCUCAACCCCACCAAGUGUGCAUUUGGGGUGGCUUCAGGCAAAUUCCUUGGCUUCAUGAUCAGCCAGAGGGGUAUUGAGGCCAACCCAGAAAAGAUCAAGGCCAUAUUAGACAUGGCAGUACCCAGGACAAUCAAGGACAUCCAGAGCCUUACCGGGCGAGUCGCAGCCCUGACCAGAUUCAUCUCCAAGGCCACUGAUCGCUGCGCCCCCUUCUUCCAGGCACUUAAGGGUAGCAAGCGGAGUAUUACCUGGACCGCUGAAUGCGACAAAGCUUUCAGCGAGCUGAAGGUGUAUAUGGGCCGGGCCCCCUUAUUGUCAACACCUGAGCCUGGAGACACCCUCAUGAUCUAUCUCUCCGUCUCGGCUACAGCCGUCAGUUCUGUGCUCAUCCAGACUAAGAACAGUGCUGAGCACCCAGUGCAUUACGUCAGCAAGGCGUUACAGGACGCCGAGGUUCGGUACCCAGACAUCGAGAAGUUGGCAUUCGCCUUGGUGGUUUCGGCUCGGCGCCUCAGGCCGUACUUUCAGGCUCAUACCGUUCAUGUCUUAACCAAUCAACCACUUCGGCAAGUGUUGCAGAAGCCGGAAACUUCUGGGAGGCUAGUCAAGUGGGCCAUUGAGCUUGGCGAAUUUGACAUCCACUACAAACCCCGCCCAGCCACGAAAGGCCAGGCCGUGGCUGACUUUAUAUCUGAAUUCACUGAACCCCAUGCCGUGGCCAGUCCACAGAUCACGAUGGAGCCCACUCCCACCCCGAGCCAGGUCCACGUCGCCAGCAACGGCACCCUAGACCUAACACAGCCCUUAUGGACUUUGUAUGUGGAUGGCUCUUCCAACGCCCAGGGAUGCGGAGCUGGCCUUGUUCUCAUCUCUCCAGACAAGGUUGUCCUGGAGUACGCCCUUCGCUUCCAAUUCCACGCCUCCAACAAUGAGGCCGAAUACGAGGCACUUUAG